AUGCAUUUUUCACAUCCAACUGAUAUAGUGGCCAGUCUAGGUUUGAUGCAAGGCAUAACAACUGGUGGAUUACCCACUUUUAUUGAUGUUGGGAAUAGCUUUGGAGCUCCUGCAAUUACUGAAGAUAACUUGUUACAUCAGUUAGUUCAAAAUGGAAAACGAGUUGUGAUGAUGGGGGAUGACACAUGGAUGCAGUUGUUUCCUCAUCAUUUUGAAAGAUCUUAUCCUUUCCCCUCUUUUAAUGUUAAAGAUCUUGAUACGGUAGACAAUGGAUGCAUUGACCAUCUUAUUCCAUCCUUGUAUCAAGAAGAUUGGGAUGUUCUUAUUGCACAUUUCCUUGGUGUGGAUCAUGCUGGACAUAUUUUUGGCGUUGACUCUGUUCAAAUGCUAGAAAAACUGGAGCAAUACAAUGUCGUUUUACAGAAAGUAAUUGAAGUGCUAAAGAGUCAGUCUGAAACUGGUGGGUUACAUGAGAAUACUUUUCUACUUGUGAUGGGUGAUCACGGGCAGACCAUUAAUGGAGAUCAUGGAGGUGGUGGUCCCGAAGAGGUGGAAACAUCUAUAUUCGCCAUGAGCUUUAAGCAGCCUCCAUCUUCCAUCCCAUCCAAAUACAAUACAUUAUCUGGUGAAUCUGAUUUGGAUAAGAAGAAUCUGCGUAUCAGCUCCAUCCAGCAGCUUGACUUUGCAGCUACUAUUUCAGCACUGCUCGGUAUCCCUUUCCCUUUUGGAAGCAUUGGGCAUGUGAAUCCUGAGCUAUAUGCUUUAGGUGCAGGAACAUUGAAUUUUAAAGGAGUAGUAGAAAAUUGCGAAAACCAGUCAAAAUUAGAAGAAUGGAUGCUCAAUUAUGCUAAUGUACUCUGCAUGAAUUCUUGGCAGGUGAAAAGAUAUAUUGAUGUUUAUUCUGCUUCUUCUGUUAUUGGAUUUUCCAGUGAAGACUUGUUCCAUAUAGCAGACCUUUAUGCUCAAGCAGCGGAGAAAUGGGUAUCUCAUACAAAGAACUUUUUCACUUAUAAAAACGAAAGCUGCAAUACAGUGUUGCCUGCUCUUGAGAGGCAGAUUGAUGCUUAUUCUAAUUUCCUUGCAAGUGUUGCUGAGCUAGCACGGUCCAAGUGGACUGAAUUUAAUUUAAAGUUGAUGGCAAUUGGUUUUGGCAUAAUGUUUCUGUCAAUAUGCAUCCAUAUUCUUGCUAUUACUAAGGUGAAAAGGCAAAAUGCCAUUUCUUUUUCUGCAUCGGGAGAUUCAGGAAUUUCCUUUGGGCUAUUUUUGGCUUGUUUUAUAGUGGCAAUACGUGCGUGCAGCUUCCUCUCAAAUAGUUAUAUUUUGGAAGAAGGAAAAGUAGCAAGCUUUCUUUUGGCCACAAGUGGAAUUGUUAAGUUACGAGAUUCAAUCAAGAAGAAGAAAAAGAUGGUACUGGAAGUGAUUGUUUUCCUUCUUGUAAUUACAAUUUGCAGGCUUACUAUUGAAGUUGGAUUAUCAAAGCAAACUCCAGGUUUUGAUUUUUCGAAAUUUUAUCCUUCAUGGAUGCUCAGGAGUACCUACGGCCUUCCCGUUUUGUCAUUUAUAACUGAAAUUGUGCCCGUGAUUUUCUUGAUGCUACUGGCAAUCUUCCUAUACAAGGCCAUAAGUAGUGGCUGUUCUGAGGGGUUAUGUAAAUAUGUCGCCAUGGGAUCUAUUUUGAGUUAUAUGCUCAUAGCAUUUCACUGGGUCUCCGAGAUUAACAUAUUAAGUCCAGGUUGGGUACUUGGAGGCAUUGGAAGAAAUUUGGUUCCUCGGAUAAUUUAUGCCAUUGGAUUUGCACAAUUAUCGUUACUUAUGUUCCAUCAGCUCUUCAACAGAGAGAAAUCUUUUGAUUGGAAGAAAAUUUUAGUUGAUAAAACCGUGGCCGUGCUAUCUUCAUGUAGUUCAACAAUCAUCAUUCUAUUGGGAAAACAAGGGCCCUUGGUUUCUGUAGCAGCCAUAAUUGGAGGUUAUUGCAUAAUGAGGCUGGGCGAUAUUAAGCACGAUGCCAACAACAAAGGCACUGGAAACUCAACAAUCGACCCGCUAACUGUAACACAGUGGAGCAUUUUAGGAGUGUGUCUGUUUUUCUGCACUGGACACUGGUGUGCUUUCGAUGGCCUCCGAUAUGGUGCAGCCUUUAUCGGGUUUGAUGAAUUCGUCCUAGUUCGACAAGCAAUCCUUCUCACCAUUGAUACAUUUGGUCUCUCUCUCAUCCUUCCGAUAUUUGGACUUCCAUUUCUUGUUGCGUGCUGUCGGACUGAAUAUCGAAAGCAUGUCAUAUUCACACAGUUAUCCCUGGUGUAUUUGUUGUACGGGCUCAUUAUGGCCACUACGGUAACAGCCACUAUGGUGUGCGUCGCAAUUCAUAGGCGGCAUUUGAUGGUAUGGGGAUUAUUUGCUCCCAAGUUUGUGUUUGAUGUGGUGGGUCUGGUGCUUACAGAUUUCUUAAUCUGCUUGGCUUCGCUCUACUAUUUCGGUCAUAACUCUACACCACAAAAGCAGAUUGAUGAAAAGUGAUGAAAAGUGACUGCGUGCUUCUUAAUGGAAAUGGUCGGCUAAUCUCCUCCAGAUAUGUUAGUUGCUGGUGUCAAUCAGACAUGCUAUUUGGCUGAUGUGAUUAAAAAGAAUUGUUUAAUUAAUUCAUUUGUUUAGAACCACAGGAUGUAACUAAUUGGUGGGUUCAAAUUUUGGCCUAAUCUCGAAUGGAAAUGGGGGAGUUUUGACGAUGGGGAUAAGGAGAAGCCCUUGGAAUCGAAUUUUAAACCGGUGUGACCCUGCUGUAUGCUUCCGGAGUCAGCCAAGAAGAAGACCACAAAAAGUAAAUCAAUGGAAAGCCAAGCUUGUGAAUUUUCAUCAUUUAAAAAAAAAAACAAAACAAAACAAAAUGUAGCUGCCUUGACUGCACUCUUUCAACAAUCAAGCAAGGCGUGCUUUUUGAUGCAGAGAAGUGAUCCGUGAUGAAAGUGGCGUAAGAGGCUGGAGGAUGUUAAAAUCGGUCGUUUUUGCACAAAUCUCUUAUAAAAACUGGGUAUUAGAUUGUUAAAGAGUUUGGGGUGAUUUACUCAUUGUUGAACAGGUUUCUCAUGUCUUUAAGAUUCGUGGGAAUUGAAUAACAUCAUAUAUAGUGGUAUUCAUAUUACUCUAUUUUAAAAGAAAGUGAAUCCCAUGGAAUUCACAUUCCCGAUAAUGUAAAAAUUGCAAUUCUUGUAUUAAACGUAAGAAUUUGAGAAGAUUCUCAUUCUUAUUCAAAAAU